AUGUCACAGUUUUCAUUGUACGUUUCAAAUUUACCAGAUGGAACAUCACUAGAUGAUUUAAUAAUUUAUUUCCAAUCAGAAAAAUAUUCUGGUGGCGGCGAUGUAAAUAAUGACGUUUCCAAGUUAGAUGACAACAAUGCUGUUAUAGUUUUUGAGAAGAACGAAGAUCUCCAAAAUGUUCUUCAAAAACAACAUGAAAUACACGGACACAAAAUAGAAGUAUCACCAGAGCAAUCAAGACCACUUCCCCUGCAACGCACAGAGCUAUCAGAAAACUUGAACGCAGAAAAGCCUGUAAAGAAUGUUGAAAAAGCUCAGUCUGGUGAAGUUCGAACGCUUAUUGUAAGUGGACUUUGCUCGGAUAUAACAGAUGAUACAAUAAAGUUGUUUUUUGAAAGCAAUGAGCUGUCAGUAGGAGGAAGAAUUGAAAAAUUUCACCGAAGUAGUGAGGAUGUUGCUUCUAUCACGUUUGAAAGCGCAGAAGUCGCAGAACAAGUUUUAACCAAACAGGAACUAAAGCUAUCAGGUUACUUGUUGCAACUGAAAAGCCAACAACCAGAAUUAUUUCUUCCACAAGAUAAAAAAAAACUUUUUGUGGAAAACAUCGACCCAAAAACUUCAAAAGAUGGAUUGAAAUUUUAUAUGAAAGCAUGGACAAAAGUCUCGGUGCAAGAUAUUUGGAUGGGUAGCAAAGGAAAAGCUAUUGUUGUUUUUUUUGAAGAUUUAGAGAACGAAAAGGUAAUGGAGGAAAAAGAAACAUUAGAUGGGGCAGUUUUGAAAAUAUCCUUUCCGCCAGUUUGCAACAGCGUUUUGGUGAGAGGACUUUCUUCAAACACAACCAAAAACACGAUUGAGAUGUAUUUUGAGAGUGAAAAAAACGGCGGGGGAAAAAUCUAUGGUGACAUAAUACAUAAAAAAAAUAAAGGAAUUGCUGUUGUUUCGUUUUGUUAUCCAAACGUUUUAGAAAAGUUGAUUUCAAAAGAACAUUGCUUGGAUAACUGCAAAUUGAUAUUGCAUCAGCAUUAUCAGUUUUUGGAAGAAGUAAAAGAGUUUGACAUUGUCAAGUUGAGAUCAUGUCCUGACGUGGCUCAUCAUAUUAUCACAUUUCACAAACAAGAAUUUUCUGAUGCAUUUGGAAUGGAGUUGUGUGAAAAGUUGUUAAAAAAAGGCAGUGAAAACUUAAUUUUGUUUGAAGAUGAAGCAAAAGGAGUCGAGUCAUUCUUCGAAGAUUUUGUCGUGAAACGCAUUCAGAUAUGCGAUAAGUUUUUGGAUGAAUUUGAAGUCAACCUAAAAGAUUCAAUAAUGAAACUUCAAGACGACAAAGUUACAGUCAUAUUAGAUACUGAUGCCUCGCAAGUAAAACUUGUCGCACGUGCUGGUGAAAUUGAGAAAAUUUGUGAACAAUUUCAAGAUGAAAUAGCUAAGAUGGAAAAAGAAUCAGAAGAAGUCAGUUUGGAAGUGAAAGACAUUCCAGAAAAAAAAAUAGAUUUUCUCAUUCAACAAGGCUUUACUGAAACUUUGACAGAACAUUGCAACGUCAUUAUAACUAUUGACGAUCAAAAACACACGCUUAUCGUACAAGGAGCUGCAGACCAAGUUUCAAAUGCUGAAAGAAAAAUUCUUUUUCAGUGUGUUCAGAUAGUCGACGAAACAGUAGAUGUAAGCAAUGCAAGAUAUCUUUACUUAAAAUCUGGUGGACUUACGAUUUUGAACACUGGACUGAAAAGUAAAGCAUUGAAAGCAAUGGCAUAUCUUAAACAAGCAAAGAAAAAUCAACUCAACAUUCUCUGUUUUGAUGUGGGAACAGUCAGCGGCGUAACCACUUUCAUGGAUGAAAUAAUGCUUGAAAAACAGAUUCAUGUCGAGGAAAACAGUUACGCUGCUCUAAAAAGUAACAAAUGGAAGGAUUUUUCAGAAAACUUGAUGUUGAAGACUGAUAUCACAUUGAGGUUUGAAAAGAAUGAUCCACCUGCGAUUUUACUAAUAGGUACGAAAUCUGGUGUCAUAAAAGCCGACCACUCGGUGAACGAAUUUAUAAAACAAAACACUAUUGUCCAGCAAUGCAUUGAUAUAAGUGAAGGUUAUUUUAAAUAUUUAUCAAAGUUUCAUACCAAAGAAAUUGGAGAAGCUGAAAGGGAAUUCUCGUUGACCAUAGUACUAAAACAGGAGAGAUCAACAAUUGUAGUACAAGGUACAAAAGAAGGCGUUAAAAGAGCAAUAAGUGUGAUAGAAAAGCUGUUGGCCAAUGUUGUAAAAGACAACAUUUGCAUUGAGAAGCCAGAUAUGCAGGAGUAUAUUUUGUCUGAUGAAGGAAAAAACUUUAUUGAAGAUAUUGAAAUAAAAAAGAAAUGCCUAAUCUCUGUCUCCGUUGAUCAAGAUGACAGCUCAAAUCCUGAUAUCAGUGAAUUCCAACCAACUUCACAGCUGCUCUGCUCGUACAAAAUGAAAGAUAAAAAUGUGAGCUUGAAAUUGAUAAAAGCAGACAUUACAGCUUAUCAUUGUGACAUCAUUGUGAAUGCUGCAAACGAAACCUUAAAACAUGUCGGUGGUCUCGCAAAAUCGGUUCUUGAAGUUGGAGGAUAUGAAAUUCAGAAAGAAUGCGACGAGCAUGUGAUAAAAGAAGGAAAGAUACGUGAAAGUAAAUGUUUCAAUGGUAUGCCUGGUCGGUUGCCAUGUAAACGGCUUGUUCAUGCAGUAGCUCCUCGUUGGGACAGUCACCAGGCAAGUAGGAUACGGAAGUUAUUGCAUGCAACAUGCAAAAACGUUUUAAUAGAAGCUAGGGAUUACAAAUCUAUUGCAAUUCCAGCUCUUGGAAGUGGCACCUUAGGCAUUCCUAAAGAUGUUUGUGCAUCAGUUAUGAUUGAAGCUGUAAAGGAAUUUUUUAAAGAAAACGAGAAGACUGCAUUGAAUGAAAUUUGCUUUGUGAACAACGACGAGGCAAGCGCAAAUGCAUUUUUAAAGUAUUUUCGUGAAAACUUUGGUACAAAAGUUAACUUCCCAAACAAAGAUGAGAAGAGUAAUUCUGCAGAUCAUUGGCACAGAAAAGUACGUGUGUUGUCGCAAACAAGAAGAGAUGAAAGUGAAGAUAAAGAAUUCAAGAUUGACGAGCGUGUAACAACAAAAAAACUUCCGAGUAAUUGCAUUAUCACUAAGAAGAAUAUGAAGGUUUCUGUUAUUGUGGGAGAUUUGUCGACAUAUCAGGCAGAUGUCCUUGUAAACACCACGGGGGAAUAUUUGAAACUUGAUUCGAACCCGUGCGGCAAAGCGUUAAGUAAAAAGGCUGGACCACAAUUGCAAGCAGAAUGUGACAAGAUACGUAGGUUGAAGUUUGGAGAGGUGGCUGAAACUCGUGGUGGAAAUCUUCUCUGCGAUAAAGUAUUUCAUGUUGCUUGUUCUAAGUACAGCAAUGAACAAGGAGAACAGGUAUUAAGAAACAUCAUCAAGAGUUGCUUACAAAAAUGUCACACUCUUGGCAAAAAAUCCAUUGCUUUUCCUGCUAUUGGAACAGGAAUUUUGGGCUUUCCGCAUAAAGUUGCAGCUAAAAUAUUUUUUGAAGAGACCAAGAGAUUUGAGAAAACUGUCAGCCAAUGCAAGAUUAAAAAAGUUAGCUUCGUUUUGUAUAAUCAGGAUGUGAAAUCUAUCCAAGCAUUUCAGAAUGAAUUGAAGAACCAAGUGGAGUUUAAUGAGAUUGAAGAACUUCCUGAUAAAUCUCAAAAAGGAUCUCUAGUAAAACCAGGUCAGGCAAGCAGCAGUUACCUUGUGAUACAAGUUGGAGAUGAUAAAAAGAUAGAAAUUGUUCAAGGUGACAUCACUCAAGAAAGCACUGAUGUUAUUGCGUAUUUCAGCAAUCCCAGUCUCUCUAUGGGAACUGAUGUAAGUAGAAAAAUCAUGGAAGUUGGUGGAAAAGUUUUAGAUGACGAGUGUAAAUUAAAACUUUUGACUGGAAAGCCAAAAAUUGGUGAUACUGUAUUGACAAAUGCAGGUAAUCUUAAAGCAAAAUGCGUCGCUCAUAUGAUAGCACCAUACUCUCCGAACUAUAAAGAUAUUGAGCAAAGUGUGGAAAAAUGCCUUAAGGAAAUUGAUGGACUAAAAUUCGAGAGUGUCUCGCUUCCAGCCGUUGAAACAGGCAAUUUCAAGAAUGAUCUGGUAAACAGUGCCAACGCCAUCUUGUCUCCAGUCAUUUGUUUUCUUGUUACAAACUCGAGCUCACUUGCAACAGUUCGUAUUGGGUUGCAGGAUGAAGAAAUGUUUUCAGCGUUUAAGGCUGCUGCUAAUAACUUUGAACAUGAUGAUGAACGCGGGAUAUUCAAAAAAUUAAUGAGCUAUGUUUGGAAAUCUUUGGAGAAGCCAACAGUUUUGAGUGUUGAAGAAAGAAAACGGAAGAUUGACAAGAAAAUGUACUUAGUAAUUUAUGGGAAUAGUAGAAAUGUUGUCGAUGAUGCAAAGGAUAAAAUAAAAAAUUUUCUGAACGAGCAGAAAAUAACCCAGAAAAUUGAAAGUGAAAUGAUUGUUACACUUUCUAAACAGCAGCUCGAUAUUUUGCAUGGAAUUUGUAAAAAAAAUGACGUCUGUGAAAAAGUAGAUAAAAAUCUUAAUCGUAUUAUGCUGUCUGGGUGUGCCGAUGAUGUUACAAAAGCAAGUGGUGAGAUUUCCUGGUAUUUUCAAAAUAUCAAAGAAAAAGAAGAAAGAGAAAAAGAGGAUUGGUUAAUCGACUUUUCCAAGACCACAGCUCAAACAGUGCAAUGGAGUUACCAAACCUUGGAUGGCAAAGUGAAAGAGUACGACAGAAAGACGAACGCUAUCAUAGAAAACUCGUAUUCGACGAAAGAAAAGUCUGUUAUUAUUAUAAUUCAUGGUUUCAAUCAUGAAAUUGUAUUCGAAGCCAUGGAAAUGAAGAAUUUGAAAAACAAUAAGACUGUAAAAGUAAGCAGGAAAUAUUUGAAACUAGAAAAAGAUGCUGUACCUGUGCUUGGUUAUGGGAAUCUGCAACCGCUUGACGCCAAAAAUGAAGAUGUCGAUAUCCAUCUUCAUAAGUUUUCGCAAAAUGACCCUGACUCAAAUGAAAAAGGCGAGGAAGUGUCACAAACGGUGCAAUGGAGCUAUCAAACGUCUGAUAGUGAAGAGGAAAAUAACGACAAAAAUAUGAAUGGCAUCAUUGAAGAUCAUUUUUCCAGGGAAAAAGAUUCUAAGUCAAAAAAAGAAAAUAUACCUGUGCCUGAUUAUUGGGACCCACAGCCACUUGAUGCAGAUAACAAAGAAGUUGAAGUUCAUCUGGUUAAAUUGUCGCAAAACGACCCAGAGCAAAAAGCAGAAUAUGAUAAAAUUUUGAGUCGAUUUCGACAGACUGCAAAGCAGCAGAAAAUCAUAGAAAUCCAACGUGUUCAAAAUCCCUCUCUCUUCAAAGACUAUGUGGUUCAGAAGAAAAGUUUAGAUAAGAAGAAUGGAAGCAAUGAAAUGUAUUUGUUUCAUGAUACAGAUGCUGAAAAAAUCAAAGAAAUUAACAAAAAAGGACUAAACAGGCAUCUUGCUGGAAAUACAAAUGGAACUACGUUAGGGAAAGGUGUAUACUUUACAAGGGAUGCUUCGCAGUCAUUUAGUUAUAAUUCAGCAAAUGCAUCUGGAAUGCAAUAUCUGUAUUGCGUGAGAGCUGCAGUAGGGGAAUACACUCUUGGUACAUCAGAUAUGAUUGUUCCCCGCAAAAAAACAGAAAAUGAAGCUUAUGACUCCACCGUGGAUAACGUCACCACUCCCACUGUUUUUGUUCUUUUUAACGAGCAUCGGUAUUAUCCAGAAUAUCUGAUCACCUUCCAGUGA